GAGGGUGGAGGAGUGAGUGUGAGGGAGAGGGGUGUGAGGGUAGGGGGGGUAGCGUUGGUUGGGUAGGUACCAGGGAAUGAUGGAAGGACCAGAUGAAUUUGACUUCCCCAAUGGCACGGAUAACGUGACCGAGAGCAAGUUCCACCAGCCCGACUGGCAGAUCGCGCUGUGGUCUAUUGCCUACUCCGCCAUCGUCUUUGUGGCCGUGGUCGGCAACAUUGUGGUCAUGUGGAUCAUCCUGGCCCACAAGAGGAUGCGGACGGUCACCAACUAUUUCCUGGUCAACCUGGCCUUUGCCGAAGCCUCCAUGGCCGCCUUCAACACUGUGGUGAACUUUGUGAGCGCUCUGCACAACGAGUGGUACUUUGGCCUCGUGUACUGCCGUUUCCACAACUUCUUCCCCAUCACCGCCAUGUUCGCCAGCAUCUACUCAAUGACGGCCAUCGCCCUGGACCGGUAUAUGGCCAUUAUCCACCCGCUGAAGCCCAGACUGUCGGCCACAGCCACCAAGGUGGUGAUCGGUGUGAUCUGGACGCUGGCUCUGGCUCUGGCGUUCCCCCAGUGCUAUUACUCCAUCACCGAGGAGAUGUACGGCAAGAUGGUCUGCUACGUGCAGUGGUCACCCAGGGAAGAGGAGAUAGAACCCAGCAAGACCACGUACCACGUGUGUGUGACUGUGCUGGUGUAUUUCCUGCCUCUGGCGGUCAUGGGCUUUGCCUACACUGUGGUGGGUGUCACCCUCUGGGCCGGCACCAUCCCCGGAGACUCGUCAGAGAGAUACAGGGAGCAGAUCAACGCCAAGCGCAAGGUGGUGAAGAUGAUGAUCGUGGUGGUGAGCACCUUCGCCGUGUGCUGGCUGCCGUUUCACGUCUACUUUCUCCUGGACCACUUCUACCCGGAGAUUUACGCUCAGACCUACAUCCAGCAGGUCUACCUGUUCAUCUUCUGGCUGGCCAUGAGCUCCACCAUGUACAACCCCAUCAUCUACUGCCUCCUCAACGAUCGGUGA